GCCAGCUGGUAAAUAAAAUCUCUUAAAACUUUCAACAUUUUCGUAUCUUUCUCACUCUAUAUAUAGUAUAAGUUUGUUUUUGCUUCAAAGCAUCAACCACUGGCUAGCUCUCCAAGGUUCAGGGGUUCCUUUCUUUCCAAACAAUGACUUUCAGACCUCAGCUGCUUCUAUUGGCCACUUUUCUUUUAGUCUCUACAACAGUUUCAGCUACAGCUAACAAUGAAGAGGAACUUCUGUUUGGAAAGGCAACAGCUCCACCACUAGUGAAGGCACCCACUGCUACUCCACCUCCACCUGUGAGCCCACCCAAGGCCACACCACCUCCACCUGUGAGCCCACCCAAGGCCACACCACCACCACCACCAGUGAACCCACCACAGACCACUCCACCUCCUCCAGUGAGCCCACCCAAGAUCACUCCACCACCGCCGGUCAGCCCACCUAAACCUACUCCACCAACAGUGAGUCCACCACUGCCUCCAGUAAGGUCAAAAAAAGAUUGCCUCCCAAUAUGUGGAGGGAGGUGCAAAUUACAUUCCAGGAAGAAUCUAUGUGUUAGAGCUUGUGUUACAUGCUGUGACAGGUGCAAAUGUGUUCCACCAGGAACUUAUGGCAACAGAGAGCUUUGUGGCAAGUGCUACACCGAUAUGACCACUAGAAACAACAAACCCAAGUGUCCUUGAAGAUUUUUAAUUAAAGUUAAAAAUCUGAGUCCAGGCUUCAUAUUAGCUGAAGUGUGCAAUAAUUUUAUAUCCCUGGAAAAGAAUACCAGUUCAUGCAGUAGUUGUAAUAUUCUCAAAUUAAUAAAAAGGAUAAUUUGGUCAUUUCA